CACCAGAGCGCAACACACAGUUUACUGUAGAUCAUGGCAGUAAGGAGCCCAUUUUUUCCACUGUUGCUAAUGCUGCUGGGUCUGGCGCUGGACAGAGCCUCCACCCAUGCAUUCAACCCUAGUCGCCUUCAACAGCACAAAGUCCUCCACCUUGACUGGCCGAAGGACUGUGGCCUGCCUCAUUUCAAACCAAACACAGUCGAGCGUAUCGUGUCGGGCAAUGAAGCGAGACCCCAUUCCUGGCCGUGGCAGGUCUCACUGCAGGUUCGUCCCAGAGGCAGUAAACAUUAUGUUCAUGUGUGUGGAGGGACUCUGAUCCAUAAGAACUGGGUUCUUACUGCUGCUCACUGCUUCCAGAAGGGAAAAGCAGAGGAUGCUAGUAGCUGGCGUAUCGUUUUGGGUAAGCAUCAACUGAAAAGAUCAGAGUCCGCUGAGCGUACUUUCCCAGUGAAGAGGAUCUACAGGCAUGAGCACUUCCGUUAUCCAGCCCACAGUGAGCUAGACUAUGACAUCGCAUUGGUUAAAGCUGGCACGGACAUCCCGACCACUAACUUCAUCCGCUAUGCCUGCCUGCCGCGCAAGCAGAUCAACCUUAAACCAGGGCACUACUGCUGGGUGACCGGCUGGGGGGACACACGAGGCGGGAAAGAAAACGUGGCACUUGCUGAGGCACUGAAUCAAGCUCGGCUCCCAGUCAUUGACUACAAGACCUGCCGGCAGAAGAAGUUCUGGGGUGACCGCGUGCGAGACUCCAUGAUUUGCGCUGGGUUCCGUGAUACAGAGGGGACCCCCGCUGCAUGCCAGGGUGACUCUGGUGGCCCUCUGCUGUGCCAGGUGGGGCGUGACCGCUGGGAGGUCCACGGCAUUGUGAGCUUCGGUCCUAUUGGAUGCACGGUGGAGAACAAGCCCAGCGUCUUCACUCGCACCGCAGCCUACAUCCCAUGGAUAGAGGCUACACGCAUCAGGGACUUCUUCUUGCACUGAAUUCCCACCUCCAAGAAUUAUUUGCCCACAUUUGUAGGUACAAGAAGAGUUGUGAAAGCAACUGAUUUAGUGCCAUGUCCCGGUCUGGGUCUGGCCCAUGGACCUGCUUAUCCAUUUGUGGUCCAUGCACUGAGAGCUGGUGUGCAUCAUUGCAACCACCAGCCACCAAGUUAGGGUAGUUUGCACUGGUUUGUGGGUCGUUUCUCCGCUAUGCAUGUGAGAUUCUCCUGGGCUUCGCUAUAGUACAUGAACUGCAAAGUUUAAAAUGCUUCCAGCUAAAUCACAUUGAUCUCCACAUUGUGUUCAGCAAGCCAAGCAACAUUUUCUGUAAAACAGGUCCUGGCUAUUCUACAUUACAUUCAUCAGUUCAGUUGGCCUUGUUUUUUCCUGUAAGGAAUGGCAUGUACAUUUGCCCUCUCUUGGGUAGUCCGGUAUUCAGUCCCUAAGGUGCUUUGACGGUCAACGUCAAGUAGUGAUCAGAACAUUUCACCUGUUGAUGGAGACAGUCUCCCUUUGAUACUCCAGUGCUUUUCACCGAACAGGCUAGGUAAUUUCCACACAGGACGGAUAUUUAUAUUUUACACUUUAAGAUGCUACAAGGAAUUCAUGCAUACAAU